CUGUGUGUCUAUCCGUCUGUCUGUGUGUCAAUCCAUCCAUCUGUCUGUCUAUCAGUAAGUCUGUCUAUCCGUCCGUCUGUCAAUCCGUCUGUCUGUCUGUCUGUCUGUCCAGCCGUCCCUCUGUCUGUCUGUCAAGCUGCCUGUCUGUCUGUCCAUCCAGCUAUCUGUCCACCUGUCUGUGUCUGUCUAUCCAUCUGUCUGUGUCUGUCUGUCUAGCUAGCCAUCUGUCUGUCUGUCUGGCUGUCCAUCCAUCUAUCUGUCUGUCUUUUGGAAAAUAUUCCAAGGAAAAGAAAGAGCAAGGAAGAAGUGGAAAGGAGAAAGAUAGAAUGAGAGUUUGAAGGAAAGAUUUAGAAAUAGAGAAGGAAGGAGAUAGAGAGAGAGAUGGAGGGAGAGUGUGUGACUAAAAGAGAGAGAGAGAAAUAGACACUGAAGGUGAGAGAAAGACGGACUAAGUGAUAUUGGGGUUCAAAUGCAAUAGGUAUAAACGGACCGAUACAGACAGAUAAAGGAAAACAGGAUGUAGAAAGGUGGACGGACAGCGAGGGAACGAGAGAGCAGAGGGAAGAGCGAUAAAGGGAGCGGAGAGAAGGCGUGAGCGAGAGAGGGUGCUCGAAGAAAGCUGUGUGAAGAGAGACAGAAAAACAGAGAGAGAGAAUCUGACAACGGUAUGUCUGAUAGACGGCAGAAAGAGGAAAGAUGGAGGGAGAUAUUGAGAGAAUGAAAGGAAGGAAGAGAACAAUGAAAGAAGAAAGACGUACUCAGAGUUACAGAUGAGAGGGAUGAAGGGAGAGGGAUUUAUAAGAGGAGAGAUGCACAGAAAGAGAAAUAAACAGCAGAUAUAUAGAUUAAUAUAUAAUAUAAUAUAUAUAUAAAUAAAUGAAGCAGUGAAAAAGAAACAGAGGGAGCAUAGAGGCAAAGAAGAGAAAAAUAGCAAGAAAGACGGAGGGAAAAAAAGGAGCGAUACAUACAGCGUGAGAGAGAGAGAGAAAGUGAGAAACACAGAGAGAGAGAGAGAGAGAGAGGAGAGAAAAUAGCAGGAAAGGAGGAAACAGUGAGAAGAAAUGGAGCGAGUGAGUAAGACACAGAAUACAGAAUUGAGACAGAGGGGGAGAUGGAGGGAAAUGAUGGAGAAAAAGACACACACACACACACACACACACACACACACACACACACACAGAAAGAGAGACAGACAGACAGAGAGAGAGACUGAGAGUCAUACUCAGAGCCAUGGGGAAAUAAGUAAAUCAAUAAAGAUAUGAAGUGAUUCAUCAUCUCAGUCUGCCGUGUGUGUGUGCGCGCAUGUGUGUGUGUGUGUGUGCGCGCGUGUGUGUGUGUGUGUGUGUGUGUGUGUGUCCAUAGCUUUCAGCAGCAUCAACACCCGAACUGUCCUGUCACUCUAACGAUAGGCAACAAGUGUAAGUUCCCGGGACAGGGUGUAUAACGGUCAGCUCAGUACGGAAUUAAACACUCGGGGGUUGUGCUGUUGUAGAAAACGAACCAACGCCAGGGUGAUGUGAUGCGACCUGAAGUAAAGUCCAGUUCCUCCCACCAUCUUAAGAGUUUUAUUCCUCUUACACAACAGCAAUUUAUCAUUUUGGCUUAAUAAUAGUGUCUGUUCAAACUGCCCCUCCAAUUCACGUGUGUGUGUGUGUGUGUGUGUGUGUGUGUGUGUGUGUUCUUUUUGAUUCAAGGUUAUAAACGCUAUCAUCGUCGUACACCAUCUCCGACCUGCAGGUUGCCAUAGCAACGCCCUCAGGCACCAUGGCCUCUCCAGCGAUUUCCGGAACUACUGGAACUAUCACCUGUAUGUGUGUGUGUGUGAGCGUGAAAUGUGCGUGAACAGCGGUAAGCCGGAGGUGUGACGCACUUGAGUGGCGCCCACACACACACACACACACACACACACACGCACACGUAUACAUAAACAGAGGCAUGUGCAGGAUCUUAACACACACCAAGAGACACAUUCACAUCUGCUGCUUAACUCCGUCUGCCUUAUUGUGUCCUUCUUACAAUCCUAAAAUGGCUCCUUCCCCUCACCUUCGAUCACACACACUCUUAAUACACACGGCUAACACACGCUGCUGCGGCUGGAAACCGGUGUUGUUGACAUCGUCGUGUUUGUCCUCGCUGAGAGGCAGAAAGACAGGAGAGUAGAGACGACGCUUUUUUUUUUUUUCUCUCUUGGUGUUGCUCCGGUUCAUCCUCUUGUAAAACGUGCCUUUUUUCCCCCUGAAAAUGGCCGCCUGUGACUAAUCCCCUGCGCCGUAGAGGUGAAAAAGGAGCAGAGAGAAAAUUGUUGUUUAAUAAUAAAACGUCCUCACUUGACUACCUGGAGCGUUGAGAACUUUCAGUGGCCUGAGGAACCGUCAUCGUUUUCGCAGCGUCAGAUGGACACCGUCGUGAGCGUCCUUGCUGUUGUGGCCGGGAGAGUAGAAUCUUGUUGAAGAGGAGACACGGACGGACGUUUUCUCAAAAUGGCUGCCGCUCACCUCCCCCUAUUCCUGGUUCUGAUGUGCGUCCCACUUUCCCUGUCGUCCCUGCAGUCAAACGAACGUCGCGUGGUGGCCUACGUGCCUGGCGACUUGAUCAUCGGUGCUCUGUUCUCCGUGCACCACCAGCCGGCGGCGGACCGCGCCCACGAGCGCAAGUGCGGUGCUGUGCGUGAGCAGUACGGCAUCCAGCGCGUCGAGGCCAUGAUGUUGACGCUGGACCGCAUCAACGCCGACCCGGACCUCCUGCCUAACGUCACGCUCGGCUGCGAGAUACGCGACUCCUGCUGGCACUCGGCUGUCGCGCUCGAGCAAAGCAUCGAGUUCAUACGUGACUCGCUCAUUGCCGCCGAGAGCCCCACGUCCGCCCCGCUCGAUCCCGUUUCCGAAGACGUGCCAACCGGGGGCGGGGCUAAGUGUUUAGAAGGCCUACCCCCCAAAGGCAAGAAGCCCAUCGUGGGUUUGAUUGGACCUGGCUCGAGCUCGGUGGCUAUUCAGGUUCAGAACCUGCUGCAGCUCUUCAACAUCCCUCAGAUCGCUUACUCGGCCACCAGCAUGGACCUGAGUGACAAAUCACUGUAUAAAUACUUCAUGAGGGUCGUGCCGUCUGACGCGCAGCAGGCCAGAGCCAUGGUGGACAUCGUCAAGCGCUACAACUGGAGUUACGUCUCCACCAUUCAUACAGAGGGUAACUAUGGUGAAAGUGGAAUAGCGGCGUUCAAGGAGAUGGCUCUGAAGGAAGGGAUCUGCAUCGCACACUCGGAUAAGAUCUGGAGUAAUGCAGGCGAACAGAGCUUUGACCGUCUGCUGGCGAAGCUGCGCGUUCGUCUGCCCAAGGCGCGCGUGGUGGUGUGUUUCUGUGAAGGCAUGACUGUCCGAGGCAUCCUCAUGGCCAUGAGACGCCAGAACCUGUCCGGGGAGUUCAUGCUUGUUGGCAGUGACGGAUGGGCGGACCGUUAUGACGUGACUGACGGGUACGUGCGUGAGGCAGCAGGUGGGAUCACAAUAAAACUGCGAUCCUUGGACGUGAAGUGGUUCGACGAUUACUAUUUAAAAUUACGUCCUGACAACAAUCUGCGCAAUCCGUGGUUCCCGGAGUUCUGGCAGCAUCGCUUCAACUGCAGACUAAAGGGUCAUCCUCAGGAGAACCCUGACUACAACCGGACCUGUAGCAAGCGAGAUUCGCUUCGGCAGCAGUACGCUCAGGACACUAAGAUGGGUUUUGUAAUAAAUGCGAUCUACAGCAUGGCGUAUGGGCUUCAUAUGAUGCAGAGAGCUCUCUGUCCUGGUAUGGCGGGACUCUGUGAUGCCAUGCGGCCAAUCGACGGUUCCAAACUGCUCGAGUUUCUCAUGAAGACCAACUUCACAGGCGUCAAUGGAGAGAACAUCUACUUCGAUGAGAACGGAGAUUCGCCAGGAAGUUAUGUGAUCAUGAACUUUAAGAAGAUGGGAAAAGACUAUUACGACUACACUAACGUGGGCAGCUGGGACAACAGCGGCCUGCAGAUAGACGAUGACGAAAUCUGGCCGAACAAAGACAGCAUCAUUAAGUCGGUCUGCAGCGAGCCCUGCGAUAAAGGACAGAUCAAGGUGAUCCGUAAGGGCGAGGUGAGCUGCUGCUGGACGUGCACCCCCUGUAAGGAAAACGAGUUUGUGUUUGACGAGUACACAUGCCGAGCCUGCGAACUCGGAUCCUGGCCUACUGAUGACCUCACAGGUUGCGACCCGAUCCCCGUCGAGUAUCUGCACUGGGGUGACCCGGAGCCGAUCGCGGCGGUGGUUUUCUCCUGCCUCGGUCUCCUCGUCACGUUCUUCGUGGCAGCCGUGUUCGUGGUGUACCGUGACACGCCCGUGGUGAAGUCGUCAAGCCGUGAGCUCUGCUACGUCAUCCUGUUCGGGAUCGGCCUGGGCUACGUCUGCACCUUCUGCCUGGUCUCUAAACCUCGCAUCAUUUCCUGUUUCCUGCAGCGCAUCGGCGUCAGCCUGGCGCCCGCCCUGAGCUACUCGGCUCUCGUCACCAAGACCAACCGCAUCGCUCGCAUCCUGGCAGGCAGCAAGAAGAAAAUCUGCACCAAGAAGCCACGCUUCGUGAGCUCGUGCGCCCAGCUAGCCAUUUCCUCCUUCCUGGUCCUGGUGCAGCUCGGCAUCAUCGUCACGCUGCUCGUCCUGGAGCCACCGGACGUCGUCUUCCACCAUCCGUCCAUCCGAGAGGUCAAGCUCAUCUGCAACACUAGCACCCUGGGCGUGGUCGCGCCGCUCGGCUACAACGGCGUGCUCAUCCUCAGCUGCACCUUCUACGCGUUCAAGACGCGCAACGUGCCGGCGAACUUUAACGAAGCCAAGCACGUGGCGUUCACCAUGUACACCACGUGUGUCAUCUGGCUGGCGUUCGUACCCAUCUACUUCGGCUCGGACUACAAGAUUGUCACGACGUGUUUCUCCGUGAGCCUGAGCGGCACCGUAGCGCUCAGCUGCAUGUUUGCACCGAAGGUCUACGUCAUCCUGGCCAAGCCUGAGCGCAACGUGCGGAGCGCCUUCACCACCUCUACAGCCGUGCGCAUGCAUGUGGGGCGGGGCAAAAGUACGCCGCCGCCCACCAGCAGCCUAGCCAACUUGUGGAAGAGACGCCCCUCAUCCGGGGACACGCUCAGCUCUAACGGUAAAUCUGUGACGUGGGCUCAGACGGAGCGCAACUCCAAAGGUGGCCACUUGUGGCAGCGUCUCUCCUUCCACAUCAAAAAGCGCGAGAACAACCAGACGGCCGUGAUCAAGCCUUUCUCCAAGGCGUCGGAGGAUGUCACGCCUGAAAGCGCGACCGAUAAAAUGCUAUACGAAGUCGCAGAGAGCGAGGAGCGAUAUCCGAUCACGUAUCGGCCUCAGACUCCGUCACCAAUCAGCACCGUGAGUCAGAGGACGGGAGAAAUUCUAGGGCGGAGCCAAGGCCCUGAUGAUGAACAGAUCAUCAGCGUUUCCUCAUACGUCAGCCAAUCGUCCCGUAGAGAAAGCGGAUCGUGUGCUGGAGCGAUAGGAGCUGGUGGGGGCGUGGUUGUGAGCGGAGCCGUGGGAAUUAGGGGCGGAGUCUCUAGCUCAUCCCAGGGCUCGCUAAUGGAGCAAAUCAGCUGCGUUGUGAACCGUUUCACAGCUAAUAUCAGUGAACUAAACAGCUUGAUGCUCUCAAGUUCACCUCAGCACUCUUCAAAAGUCCCGGCCCCUUACUUCCUGUCCCGAGACAUGUCCAUGCCUGCCACCAUGACGACCUAUGCUGAAAUUCAACCCCUUCCACCUGUGGAGUCAAACGGGGGCCGUCCACCCACUUCCUGCCCCCUCGGCGGUCCUCCGGGCGUUAAAGAGAAGAUUUUGGAAACGACCGUACACGAGUCCCAGGCUUCGAAAGGAGACAUGGAGGAAAUUCUCGCCCUAACGCCACCCUCGCCAUUUCGAGAUUCUGUGGCGUCAGGAAGCAUCUCGAAUUCUCCUGCAUCUGGAUCGUCACCCAAAUACGACUGCUUGGUACUGAGGCACUACAGCCAGAGCUCCUCGUCCUUAUAAGGACCUUGGAUGCAAGAAAGUGGCGAGAAUAUUAAUUCGAGACAUAAGAGAAUGGUUUUCUGGUGUGUGUGUUUACAUGUUGUCGCUGUUGAAUUUGGCAAACAGCCAGAGCUCCUCGUCCUUAAGAGGACUGUAGAGACAGAACACAGGAAAUGAGCGAACGAGGGUGGAAACAAUAAUAAAAGCCGAUGAUUGAUGAAUAACAGCAUGUUAGAGAGGACAGAAGGACCUUAGAGGUGAGGAAAGGAGAAGGAAUGAUGGGAAUAUUCAGAUGAGAUCUGAUGGAGGGUAAAAUCACUAAAAAUCAGUGAAUAACGAUGUCCCAGAGGACGUAAUGCAAACAAACACAAGUGCAGAAGUAGAGCCAGUGCUCUAGACUCAGGCAAGAGGGGUGGUGUGAUAUCGAAAUGAUGAAUAAUAUCUCAUAAGAAGAGAUACGAGGCAAGUUAUGAUCUUAAAAAAAAAAAAAAAAGAGGGAACAAGGGUGCCGUUGUACAGAUGAGAAGAUAUGUAGGAAAUGAAACUUGUAUAUCCUGAAGGUAAUAUAAAGUGCUUGAUGGAGGGAUGAAAGUAUUCUAAAGGAAAUACAGGGUGGAAGGAAGUAAGAAGGGAAAUAAAGAGGAAGGAGUUGAGCAAAGGGAGGGAGUGGCAAAUGAAGAAAUAGCAGAGACAACAGAAGAGAAAGAAAGGAAGAAAGAAGGGAGAGAGAGAGAGAGAAAAGCAGACAGAAAAUUGAAGAACAUCGAGAGGCAAAACAUGGGAAGUACAGGAUGAAAGUGCGAGAGUAAAAGGAGAAAGAGAAAACGAGAAGAAAAAUAAUGGUGCGAGAAAGCGAUGAGACAAAAAGUGAGUGUGCACUGAAAGUGUCCACUCUGUGGAACACCGAUUGGUCGGCUCGGCUGUGAAGCCCGUCAUGACGUGGCAGAUGGAAUUCAAAUAGACGGACGUUUCCAUCUUUCAAAAUGAAUUGUAAAAAGUGCCUUGCAAGCACUGUAAUAACAGCUUCCUGGACAUGGUAAGGACAUCUGAGUGGGUCUUACUGUCGAUUUUAGCCAAGAAAUGAAGAGCCGUCGAAAUCGCUGUCCUUAGAAGGACCCUAGAGACAGAAUGGAUAGGACAAGAACGCGGAUUAUACUUUAAAGACUUUUAUACUUUCAAGUAUAAAAGUGAUGAAUAACUCCUUUCUAGAGUAGACAUGAGGAACUCUUUACCGUCUUUACACGAAUGAUGAUGAGGCGAAUAUGAGCAUUUGGUCUUGCAUGGGUACAGCUUCGGUGACUGGAAAAGAUGUAGGACGUGUAAUAAGGAAUUCUCAAUGAGAAGGGUAAAAGAAGGAAGCAGGUGUAGGGCUAUUAAUUAAAGGAAAUAUAUGCGAAAGGUGAAAUAUACCAGUGCUGAGUGGAUGAAUAAUGGCAUCCUUGUUCCCCAAAGUACUAGUAAACCUACUCUGCACAUGUACAGUAUAAUGGAAUUCCUUAAGGUCUAAUUAUGUACCUUUUGAUGACUUACCUUUCAUCCCAUAGGUCGUGGGUACACGGGUAGCUGGUUUGUGUGUCUAAAGCGCCGAACUACGGCCAUUUCAUUUCGAUCAAUCAGAUUAGUCGACUCUGGUGCGGCAAAUCAUUGGUUCGGUCCGCUGGAAUACUCGCCAUUUGACGACCCCUGCUAGAGAUCCUCAAACUGAAGAGAUAUAAACGGAUUUGAAGGUAACACCCACCCCAAUAAGGUCCACAUUAGAACCUUUAUUUCUGAGAAUGCUGCGAUUGUUGAAUAAAUGCUUUACUCGAGCGAGGCUGUCGAUUUCAAUCCGUCGAUGAGGCUAUGCUUGAGCUAGCACAGAGGAGAACGUGUGGAAAUACUCAUUUGAGACAUAAAGAUGUGUAAUGCUGAAAUGGAUGAAUAACAGCGUACUAGACAAGACAAUAAUACAAAUACCACCUGAAUUCCUCAUCCUUAAAAGGACCUUAGAACAUGAGAUGGAGAAUGGGGACGGCGAGAAACAAAGGCUGUAAUGCUGAAAUAUAUUGAGAAUAGCUUCUGAGAUGGAAUACAAGAGCCUCCCUUGUCCUUAGGAUGACUGAAAAUAGGACGAGUGUCACAGACGUACAGUGUUUAUUGUGCGUGUUUACAUGUUUUCACUGUUAAAGUACACCUGACCUAGAGGCUACUGAAGCGUCUUAAAGCAUCAAGACUUUCUACGGACAUGUGACAUAAAAUAAUGGGGGUUUUUUUUCGUUGUUUUGUUUGGUAGUGGCCUUAAAUAUACACGGCUCUCAUCUAAUUAGAGAUAUUUUUAUGAACUGUUUACUCUGUGCGUGUGUGUGUGUGUGCGCGUAUGGGAUAAUGGGUACCAGAAAAUUUACAGUGAUCUGAGGACUGUCCAUCCAAAGCUGGUAUCAGGCAUGGAGUUUAGAAAGGGCUGAGAAACUCUUAAAACUGGAAAGUUUGUUUAAAAUGCACACACACACACAUAUGGACAAUUUAAAAAUGAGAACUUGAGUUCGAGGACCUGACCUAACAGACUCUGCAAAAAGUGCUGUUUAAUUUCUUGCAAAAUCCUGUAAAUAUCCACCAAAUUGUCAUCUUUUAUUUGUUCCCAUUUUCUACUUUCCAUUCUAAUUUUUCUCUUCUUCUUUUUCUCUUUUUUCUUUCUCUAACCAUCUAUUUUCCUGUGCUUUCCAAACACCCAGGAUGUUCAAUUCAAAAUUAAUGAUUGUGAUGAUUUUUUUUUUUCUGUGAACCUUGAAUAGCGUGGGACCAAAUUUCUCGUACCUCCGUGUCUGCUCUUUAUUUAGCGGUGUUUGUUUUCGCCGAACUAAACACAAUACUAGUGAAUCAAAUACUAGUGAACCUAACGGUGUAAUCUACUGGAGUGUUGAGAUAAUGAUUGACGCAAUGAAUCAGAUUAAUAAAUCGAUUCAGUUGAGAUUGUCCCAGUGAACCACCUGAAUGAAUCGAUUAAUUUGAGAUUGUCCCGGUGAAUCAGAUGAAUGAAUCGAUUCAAUUGAGAGAGUCCCAAUUGAUCGCAUGAAUGAAUUGAUUCAUUUGAGAUUGUCACAACGAAUCAGAUGAAGGAGUCGAUUCAUUUGAGAAUGUCACAUUGAAUCAAGUGAAGGAAUCGAUUCAUUUGAGAUUGUCCCAGUUGAACAUGUGAAUGAAUCAGUUCAUUUGAGAUUGUCCCAAUGAAUCACGUGAAUGAAUAGAUUCAUUUGAGAUCAUCCCAGUGAACCAGGUGAAUUAAUCGACUCGUUUGAGAUUGUCACACAAUGAACGGAUGAAUAAAUUGAUUCAUUUGCUAGCUGUUUAGCUAAUGAUAAUCAACAGAGUAAUAAUUCACAGCAUUUUAUUCAAAUGUUAAUGCUCCCUGUAACACGCAGUGAUGACAUUUGUGUUUGCAGUUUCGUUCAUAAAGGGCUUUUUAGCACAACAAAAUCCACUUUACCCACAAACACACCAUGAAAAUCACAAAAAUCUACAUGCAUACAAAAGGCACGGUAAGAAAACUUUAUAAAAAUUUUUGUUUGCCUCAUGAAAACCUCAAGAAAAUAUCUAUAUUGGAAUCUAAAUGAAUGAACAAACAUGCAAAAACUUAAAAGAUGUCUUUUCUUACAGAUCACACAUACCACACAUACCACAUGUACCGAUAAUGAAUAUGACACUAUUCAGAUAGCUAGUUGUUAUACAGUAUAAUGAAUAGAAAAUGACUAGUUUGUAGUGCCAAAGGAGCUUAUUUCAUAAAAUAUUGACGUCAAAUGUUUCUAUGUUGACAACACUGUAUUGCUUUUUGUAAAAAAAAAAAAGUUUUUAAAAAUACAGAAAAAUGUAAUAUAUACUAAAUAUUCCAGAUGUAAAGCAAUACUACAGUGAACACACACACAAAGUACUGAGAAAUGCACUGAAUUUGAUUCCUAUAUUAAUUUUAGUUGAAUGUGGGUCACACAUAAAAUACUAUUAAAUGUAAUAACAUGCGUAGUAAACACAAUGUACCUCAUUUGAACACUACUGCAAAAGUGUAUUUUUUUUUUGCAUCAAAAGAGACGUGAUGAAUAUUUAAGGUGGGACUAAGGUCAAAAUUAAAUUUCAAAUAAUUUUGUAUGUUGGAAUUAUUUGGGGAGCUUAUUAAAAUUUUUAAUCAUUUUCAAUUCAAGAGCUGUAUAAAAGAUUAGAAAUAUUUAUAAUAAGAGAUUUUAUAGUGAAAUAAUUAGGAAUUACAAUCCCUCAUGGUGUAUAAAUAAAUAAAUAAAUAAAUAAAUAAUGUAAAAUAAACUUUAAAAAAAAUAAAUAAAUAAUGUAAAUUAAACCUAACCGUUAAGUUAUUAAUUAAUUAAUUUAUUAAAAAUUAAGAAAUGAAAUUACAAUAUAAUUAUUUUGCCUGUAAUUAAAGACCUCAGAUGUUCUAUUUAAAAUGUUCACACUUUUAUUUAUUAAAUGAAAAUAUUAAAUGAAAAAGUAGAGUAAAAUAAAAUACCGCUUUAGCCCUACGUGUUUGACAUAAAAAAUUCUUUUUUAAUUUUUAAAAAAAAUUUUUUUAAAGAUCUCUCAGAAACUUCUCGUCUUAGGUUUUUCACGUAGCUCGUGUGAAUUGUUGUUUACAUUUUGUUAUUAGAGAAAAUAUUUAUUAGUUGAUAUGUGGAAAAAAAUUGGGGUAAUAGAAUACAAUAUCUGAUCUUUUAUUCAAAAUCCACACGAGAAAAUGAGAAUAGUACACUCAGGUACCAAAAAUCUGAGUGUACUCCUAAGUUUUAAAUUCGAUCAGUUAUCAAAAACACACAGUGCUCGGUCUUCUACUUGGAAGAAUCCGCUAUUUAAAAAUGAGCCGUGUAAAUCCAUAAAAUGGAAAGUUAUUUAAAGGUGAAACGUAAAACGAACAUCUUAUAUACUACAUAAAGGAUGGAAUGUUGUUGGAGAAAUAUUAUUUCAUUUGAUUAUCACAUUCAUUUUUUUGGUACCUGAUCAAAAUUGAUCAUCGGUAGUGGGCUCAAAAGUUUAAACUUUGAAUCCCUGCCCGUAACACACACUUCUCAACUUGUGCUGUGUAAAUGAAGCUGUAAGUGCUUAAUUGAUUAUUAUUAUUAUUGUUAUUAUUAUUAUUAUUAAUUUUUUUUUAGUAAAUUUGGUUGCUUUUUUUUUUUUUUAUUUGUUGGAUAUUUUGCCUUUUUGGAUAUAGAGUUGUGUAGACUGUAUAAUUAUAUCGUUAAGGUGAUUUUAUUAUUAUUUUUUAUGAUUCUGAAAUAGUUUCAUGUUGUGCGAAAAUGAUGCUUAGAGUCGUCUUCCUUUUAUUUUAUUUUCUUUUUUUAAUUGAAAUUUAUGGACAUUUCGACAUCAUGGUGUUGCUGUGUGGGAAGAUUUCCAUAUCUUUUGAAUUGUUAUUAAAAAUCUGGAAUAGAA